GCCGCGCGGAGCAUCCUGGGUACUGUCAUGGCGGCUCGGAUCGGCGCUGUUUGUUAAACGUUGUUGUAGAAUUCAAAAAAAGUAUCCGUCCACCACAUACACACACAUCGGGUCUCCGGAUCGUUUCCGAAGCUAGACGGUUGUGUGAAUCCUGCCGACAUGGCGUCCACGGCGGCCGGGAAGCAGAGGAUCCCCAAAGUGGCGAAGGUGAAGAACAAAGCGCCGGCGGAAGUGCAGAUCACCGCCGAGCAGCUGCUCCGCGAGGCCAAGGAGCGCGAGCUCGAGCUGCUGCCACCGCCGCCCAAGCAGAAGAUCACAGAUGAAGAGGAGCUCAACGACUACAAGCUGAAGAAGAGGAAGGGGUUUGAGGACAACAUCCGCAAGAACCGAACGGUGAUCAGCAACUGGAUCAAGUACGCCCAAUGGGAGGAGAGCCUGAAGGAGGUCCAAAGGGCGCGCUCCAUCUACGAGCGUGCGCUGGACGUGGACCACCGCAACAUCGCCCUCUGGCUGAAGUACGCUGAGAUGGAGAUGAAGAACCGGCAGGUGAACCACGCCCGCAACAUCUGGGACCGCGCCAUCACCAUCCUGCCCCGCGUCAACCAGUUCUGGUAUAAGUACUCGUACAUGGAGGAGAUGCUGGGCAACGUGGCGGGCUGCCGGCAGGUGUUUGAGCGCUGGACGGAGUGGGAGCCAGAGGAGCAGGCCUGGCACUCCUACAUCAACUUCGAGCUGCGCUACAAGGAGGUGGACAAGGCCCGCAGCAUCUACGAGCGCUUCGUCCUGGUUCACCCCGACGUGAAGAACUGGAUCAAGUACGCCCGCUUCGAGGACAAGCACGGCUACAUCGCCCACGGCCGGCGCGUGUUUGAGCGCGCCGUGGAGUUCUUCGGCGAGGAGCACGUGGACGAGAGGCUGUUCGUGGCCUUCGCCCGCUUCGAGGAGAUGCAGAAGGAGAUGGAGCGCGUCCGGGUCAUCUACAAGUACGCCCUGGAGCGGAUCCCCAAGACGCAGGCCCAGGAGCUCUUCAAGAACUACACCAUGUUCGAGAAGAAGUUCGGAGACCGCCGCGGCAUCGAGGACGUCAUCGUCAACAAGAGGAGGUUCCAGUACGAGGAGGAGGUCAAGGCUAACCCUCACAACUACGACGCCUGGUUCGACUACCUGCGCCUGGUGGAGAGCGACGCGGAGGCGGACGCGGUGAGGGACGUGUACGAGCGCGCCAUCGCCAACAUGCCCCCCAUCCAGGAGAAGAGGCACUGGCGGCGCUACAUCUACCUGUGGAUCAACUACGCCCUCUACGAGGAGCUGGAGGUCAAGGACCCGGAGAGGACGCGUCAGGUGUACCAGGCCUGUCUGGACCUCAUCCCUCACAAAAAGUUCACCUUCGCCAAGAUGUGGCUCCUCUACAGCCAGUUCGAGAUCCGCCAGAAGAACCUUCCUGCCGCCCGCAGGGGCCUGGGCUCGGCCAUCGGGAAGUGCCCCAAGAACAAGCUGUUCAAGGGCUACAUCGAGCUGGAGCUGCAGCUGCGCGAGUUCGACCGCUGCAGGAAGCUGUACCAGAAGUACCUGGAGUUCAGCCCCGAGAACUGCUCCACCUGGAUCAAGUUCGCCGAGCUGGAGACCAUCCUGGGCGACGUGGAGCGAGCCCGCGCCAUCUUCGAGCUCGCCAUCGGACAGCCCCGCCUGGACAUGCCCGAGGUGCUGUGGAAGUCCUACAUCGACUUUGAGAUCGAGCAGGAGGAGUUCGACCACACCAGGGACCUGUACCAGAGACUGCUGCAGCGCACCCAGCACGUUAAGGUCUGGAUCAGCUUCGCCAAGUUCGAGCUGUCGGUGGAGGCGCCGCAGCGGCUGCAGCGCAGCCGGCAGAUCUACGAGGAGGCCAACAAGAGCAUGAGGAGCUGCGAGGAGAAGGAGGAGCGGCUGAUGCUCAUGGAGGCGUGGCGCGACCUGGAGGCCGCCUUCGGCUCAGACGAGGACCUGGAGCGGGUCUCCAAGCUGCUCCCCGAGAAGGUCAAGAAGAGGAGGAAGCUGACCGCCGAGGACGGGUCGGACGCGGGCUGGGAGGAGUACUACGACUACAUCUUCCCCGAGGACGCGGCUAACCAGCCCAACCUCAAGCUGCUGGCCAUGGCCAAGAUGUGGAAGAGGCAGCAGCAGGUGGACGACGACGACGACGAGGAGGCGGAGGACAAGGACGAGGAGGACAAGGAGAAGGAGGACGAGGAGGCGGAGGACAAGGAGAAGGACGAGGAGGCGGGGGACAUGGAGGACAAGGAGAAGGACGAGGAGGCGGAGGACAAGGAGGACAAGGAGAAGGACGAGGAGGAGGCCCCAGCAGAAGGAAAACCUCAGGAGGGGGAGGAAGGAGAGGCAUCGUCAGAGAAGCCCGCCGGCAAAUCAACGGCUGAAGACCCAGAAGACCCCAGGGGGGAGGAGGAGGAGAAGUCGAGGGGAGAGGAGAGGCACAAUGGGGAGGAGGAGAGGCAGCCUAGGGAGGAGGAGAAGGAGAGGAAGCCUAGGGAGGAGGAGAAGGAGAGGAAGCCUAGGGAGGAGGAGAUGGAGAAGGAGAGGAAGCCUAGGGAGGAGGAGAGGAAGCCUAGGGAGGAGGAGAGGGAGAGG